CAUCAACUCCUCUCUUUCAUUCUCAUUCAUAUUCAUCCUUUUCUUAUGGAUCUUCCUCCCUCUAACUCGAAUGAGUCCAUAUUUGAGAGGAACUUCCACUCUUUUUCCUUCAUACUUAAGUCGAAAUUUAAACAUACUCUAGCCCUUUUUUUACUCUUAAGUUCGUCGGCUGUUAUUUUAAUUAUAUUAGGCUCUUUUGAAAUCGAGCCGGAGACUGUUUUUCGUUUUAGUUUGUGGCCUCAAAUUUUACCAAACAAUAAAAAACCAUUGGCAGGAGUUUGUGAUUACUCAUAUGGGAGAUGGGUUCGUGAUGACUAUUACCGUCUUCAAUCGUACAACGAAAACUGCCCAUUUCUGGAUCCCGGUUUUAGAUGCCGUCAGAAUGGCCGGGAAGAUGGAGAAUACCUUAAAUGGCGAUGGCAACCACACGGCUGUGAUCUUCCAAGAUUCAAUGCAGGUGAUCUUUUGGAACGGAUCCGGAAUGGUCGGAUAGUGUUUGCCGGUGAUUCAAUUGGGAGAAACCAGUGGCAGUCCUUCGUGUGCAUGCUUGCUCAAGCGGUUCCUAACAAGUCCACAAUAUAUGAGGAAAAUGGAAAACCCAUAACUAAACACAAGGGCUUUCUCUCUAUGCGUUUUUAUGAAUACAACAUGACAGUUGAAUAUUACAGAGUACCUUUCCUCGUUGUCAUCGGUCGCCCACCACAGAACUCGUCACAGGAAGUUCUAAGGACAAUUAGAGUUGACGAGUUACAUUGGUUUUCCAAAAAAUGGAUCGGAGCAGAUAUCCUAAUAUUCAACGAUGGACAUUGGUGGAAUGAAGAUAAAACUUCAAAGAUGGGCAUCUAUUUUCAGGAAGGAGGGAAGAUAAAUAUGACCAUGGAUGUGAUGGAAGCAUUUCGAAGGUCUCUGCAAACCCUAAAGUCUUGGUUAAUAAAGAACCUAGAUCAAGAAAGAAGUCACACUUUCUUUAGAAGCUACUCUCCAGUACAUUACAGGAAUGGAGCAUGGAAUAAAGGAGGUUUUUGUGAUAGAGACAGAAAACCAGAAACAAUCACCACAAGACUUGGAGUUGAGCCCCUCAACAACCGUUUCAUUUCAAACGUAAUCAAGCAGAUGAAAAACAAAAACAGGAAGGUUCAGUUAUUAAACAUUACAUAUCUGACAGAGUUCAGGAGUGACGGACACCCCUCAUCCCAUCGUGAGCCAGGCACCCCUGCUGGUGCUCCCCAAGACUGCAGCCAUUGGUGCCUACCUGGAGUGCCAGACACAUGGAAUGAGCUUCUCUAUGCUUACCUAUUAUCCAUGGAAUUCAGAAGAAAGUGAUUUUACCUGGGCAAAAAUAUUACCUCACUUUGAGAUCUGGAUUCAAAUUUUUUAGGGAUGUAUUUUAACAAAUUGUGCCAGUGCUACUCAGAUUAGUUCACCCACAUUUUCAUCAGGGUCCACUUCACUGGUUUCCAUUUCCUUAACUUUCUCAAGCUGCCUCAAGAGAUCUAGCCUUUCUGGUCCAUAGGUGGAAGGUAUCUGUUAUGAACAACACAAUUGGCUUUGUGAUUUGUGCUGAUUUGAAGUCUGAAGAUCUAUUUCAACAAAAAUAAAUGCUACAGCGAAAAACACAUACCAAAGCUGGCACAUAUCUCUGAAUAGCAGCCAACAUGGCUGCAUGACCAACUGCAGUAACCUGUGGCACAAAACCUAUCCUUCAGAUUGUCAUCAUCACAAUGAUCAAAGGUGAAGCGACUGUAUAAAUAAUAUUUCCCUUAAUCAAAGAGACUUAAAUAUCUA